AUUUUGUUAACUUUGGUAACACUUUCAACGCAGCAGUAUCGUGAUAAAAUUGUGACGGAUGGUGACGUAAUUUUCGGGGGUUUGUUUCCAAUGCAUGAAAAGGGACAGAGUGGACGGGAUUGUGGUCGUAUAAAGAAAGAAAAGGGUAUACAACGUAUGGAGGCUAUGUUAUAUGCGGUUGACAAAAUAAAUCGAGAAAAAUCCUUGUUUCCCGGUUUAAAAAUUGGCGUGCACAUUUUAGAUACAUGCAGUCAUGAUACCUACGCAUUGGAACAGAGCAUGGAUUUUAUUAAAGCCCAAUUAAACAUGAUUGGGCAUGCGGAUUAUCAAUGCAAUAAUGGGGAGCUUCCUUCCAGAAACUUAAAGCCAGUUGCUGGAGUUAUAGGUGCCGCAUCCAGUCCUGUGUCGAUUAUGGUUGCUAAUGUACUGAGACUUUUUAAGGUA